AUGCCGAAAAUCUUCCUGAUCAAGAACCGGCUGCACCAGCAGCAGCUCAGGCUGCUGGAGGCGCAACACCUUGGGAAGAGCCCGCCGCCAUGCAGCGGCAAGGAGAGCCCGCUAGGCAGCUCCGAGCCCCUCAGUCUUAUCGUCAAUAAGCACCAAUAUCGCGAGAAAACGGACGACGAUCGCGCGACAACCCCGGAGUCGUUACGCAGCACAAGCCCAGCCUCGUCGCCGCCCCCGCAGUGGCAGUCGAGCGUCACGCCCAGCAACACACCCCCGAGACGAUUUAUCUCGAGCAUCCUCGGCGGCGACGUGCCGUACGGUAGCAGGGGUCACGUGUUGACAAGGGCGGAACGUAAAGAGUACAGCAGCCCGCCGAUCGCGCCCUCGUCCAGCGAUGCUUCUUCGCAAUUUCUCGCGAAAUCGGAGAAGCUGGUGCUGCCGAGACCGACCACCCCGCCAAAGACACCGCGAGUCGAGCCCCCCACCAGGGUCUCGGUCAUCCAGAGGGUUCCGCCGCAGAGCCAAUCAACGUCCAGGCGAGAGGACAAGGUUGAGGUGCCGCAGACUCAGGAACCGGAACAGGAGCAGCCUAUCGACUACGCGGUGCCGAAGAGAAAGGAGGAGGACGAGGAACGAGGCCGCGAGGGCGCGAAGGUCUCCCGUACAAUAGGCAAUUCGAUCGCUAGGCCUUUGCUGGCGAUGAGACUCUCCGGUCCUCAGGUGGUCCACGCGGCCGCUGGCCACGGUAGAUCGUCGAGUUCCGGCAACAACGGCGGUUCUGGGUCCAGCGGUGGUUCCGGUGGUUCCGGGAACACUUCGUCGACGAAUUCAGGCGGUAGCGGCGGCUACUGUGGCGGAGGAGGCGCGGUCACGGGGGGCAGCGGGGGCGGCGGAGCCGUGGGUGGAGGCGCCGGCGGCGGUGGAAUGAAUCCAGGCGGGAACGGAGGACGUGGGAACUAUGGACCGAGCUCGCCGCCCACCGGCUCGUUGCCACCCUUCUACGAAUCCCUCAAGGGCGGCAACAAUCUCGCCAAUUUCGCCAAUCAGUACAACAGCACGCAAGGAAACGGCUACCUGACCCCGUCGCCGACGGUCGGUAUGGAAUGCGACACCGGUCAACAGGACGUGAAUUCCCAGCACUCGCAGUACAACGCCCAAGAAGGGAAACAGUACUCCCUUCUGCAGAACGUGUGCGCCACCUAUGGUCUGACGUUGAAAGAGGAAGAGGAUCUGUCCCCGUACAAGAUCCAACCGAACGAUCUAUUGUCGGGACAAUACGGCGCCUACGACAUGACCGACACCGGUAUGAUGGUGGACAUGGUGACUGGAGCAGUGGUGGAUCCUCUUCAGUUCACCGCCACAUUGACCUUCAGCUCGCCCUCCGAUCACACAGCGUUGCUCGAGAGUCUCAGCGACGCGGCGGAUCUGUUUCUGCCGAGGUUACCAGCCGAGGACGGCGGUAACGAUCUGCUCGAGGAAUCGUUGCACUCGCCUGCCUCGGCCGGAAGCGGAAUCGGCCAGGACGCAGCCGGUCAGAUGACCACUCCAGUCGAACCGAGCGUCGAUCCUUUCCCAGAGCACAGCAUGGCCCUGACCAGGGGUUUCGAUACCACGAGGCACUACACGGCAGCUCCUCAACAUUUCAGCACCUCUAAACUGGGCCUGAGCUACACGACCGAGUCGGGCUAUCAGUCGGUCGGUAAGGAACGUCCGGAGCUCGGACUCCACAUCAACCAGAAUCACCAGCACCAGCCGGAGCCGCAGCUGCAGCAGCUCCAGAUACAGGUGCAGCUGCAGCAACAACAGCAACAGCAGCAACAGACCACCGCCGCUUCACCCCAUCAGCAACAACACCAGGGGUUGCUCAGUCCGGGAUUGAGCUUCACUGGUAGCGGUCUGGAACUAGAUUCAGGUAGCAGCGUAGGCGGAAGCCUGCCGAGUCCGGGUGCAGCUAGCUGUUCGUUGGACGCAGCCUCGAGCAGCACGUCGCCAUCUUGCGCGCUGAUGGAACACGCGCCGAGCCCAGCCGGGACAGUGUCGUCCGCUUCGGUAAAUUCCGUCCAACAAACCGGACCGGUCGGCGAACCACCACUGACGCAACGGGUCGGUGUACUACAGCAAAGGCUCGGGCUUCCCGGUGACUGUCAGCUGGAGUUCGUUAACGGCGGUCACGGGAUCAAGAAUCCGUUGGCGAUCGAGGGUCAGAGACAGGCGGCGGCUACCCGCGAGGAAGAGAGGGCAGCCCGACCUCCGCCUGGCAAGGACGACGAUCCGAACCGUUUCACGUGUCGCGUCUGCAGCAAAAACUUCAGCCUGCAACGGCUCCUGAACCGACACAUGAAAUGCCACAGCGACGUGAAGCGUUACCUGUGCACGUUCUGCGGCAAAGGUUUCAACGACACGUUCGACUUGAAGAGGCAUACCAGGACGCACACGGGCGUGCGACCGUACAAGUGCAACCUCUGCGAGAAGAGCUUCACGCAGAGAUGCUCCCUGGAAAGUCAUUGCCUUAAAGUUCACGGUGUUCAGCACCAGUAUGCCUACAAGGAGCGGCGUACAAAGGUUUACGUAUGCGAGGAGUGCGGUCACACGACGCAGGAGCCAGAGGUUCACUACCUCCACUUGAAGGACAAGCAUCCGUACAGCCCGGCGUUGCUAAAGUUCUACGAUAAGCGACACUUCAAGUUCACAAACAGCAAUUUCGCCAACAUGUUGCUCCAGGGUGGCCUGUUGCGACCGGACACACGGAAUACGGAGAGCUGCGUAAAGUCUGCCUCGAAAAGCCUCGAAGCGCCCCUUCGACGAGCCACGACGAUGUUGCAUUUGGGUCGGGCUACCAGCUCCUGAUGAACAGACCACACGUGGGGGCCAAACGGAGCUAGAUGACGGAGGACGAGGCGGAGAAGGAGGCUUCUAGGUGGCGUUGAUUUCGGCCACUCGACCGGAUCGCCGUCGGACGGAUCCCGGAAUAAACGCGUCGCGCGAAAAGUACCUGCAGGUGGGGCUGCCCUUCAACGGUGACACACACGAGAUGGCAUCGUGGCCCGAUGACGAUCGGGGGGAUAUUCACCGAGAAAUUCAGAGCGGAAUUCGUUGACAGCCGCGAGACGAUUCGGGGGCUGGAUCUUUGGGGAACCUUGGAACACCCACGGGGCACAGGGAAACACGGCCCUCGUGUACACGGCGGUUUCCUUGAUGUCAAGAAACGCGGUCAUUUCUCGCGUUACUUCUUACCGAUUCUAGGUAUAUAUGUAUAUGUACGUGUAUGUGUAUAGAAGCUAUGCUAUUUAGGUUACUAAACGGAAAUUAUCUGACAGGGCAGCCGGACGAUAUUCGGUGGUUUCGAAUCCUACACGCGACCCCAUGCUGUAUAAUAAUACUCUGAAUUUCGUAGAUAGUUUUGUCUUCGAAGUUUUGUAUCUUCUGUACACCAAGAUACGGUGCUGCGCGUAAUAUUACUGGACGAAACAUGGCUCAAUUUGUACGACAAACUUUUACGGGGCUGUAUUGUCUUCUGAAAACAUUUGUCUGUGGUUUUAGAGACAUAUGUAUACGUAUAGUCAACAAAAGUUCUGUAUGAGUUACCUG